AUGGCUACGCUAAACGAACAACUUGCAACAUUGAUCGAGAACUAUUCGCCCUGCGAUGUAUCAGAUGCCCUCAUCAAACUACAAAAGACACCCGAGGGCACCACAGCAAGAGCCGGCUAUCUUGCAGAUCUAGGUCGAAAUGAAACAAUGCCCAAGAUUGCGGCCCCGGCAACAACAUUCAAAUUUCUAGGCAAAGAUGCCAGCCCACCAUCAGUCGCGACAGAAAAUCCCCAGAAGCACGGUUUCUUGCCAGGUAAGCACUGGGUAGAUCACGUCGGCGAAUUCCAAGAUUCGGAUCCUUCCGGCGCCGGAUCCAUCGUCGUCAUUGAGCAGCCCGAGAACCAGUACUGCGCUGUGACGGGCGGGAUCAUGGCGACCCGGAUGAAGGCCCUUGGGAUCAAAGCCACGAUUGUGGGUGGUCGUGUCAGGGACUUGAAGGAAUUGAAGGCUACUGGGCUUCCGAUCUGGGCUCGUGGUACUUCUACCGUUGGCACCAGUGCCGAGGCCAAGGCUGGUGCUCGUGAUGUGCCAAUCUCAAUUGAUGGUGUUACUGUUUCGCCUGGAGACAUUAUCUUCUGUGACCCCUUGGAAGGAGUAGUGGCCAUUCCUCGCGAGCUGCUUGAUCAGGUGCUCGAGCUCAUGCCUAAACUGACUACAAUGGAUGAGCAGGCUAAGGAGGCCGUUGCGCAGGGAAUGAGUGUCACCGAUGCUUUUAAGAAAUUCCGCUGA